AUGACGCAAGCGCAGGAUAGCCUUGCGCGUUUCCAAGCUCGCCGGGAGGAAGCCCUUUCCAAGGUAGACGUUGAUCUAUCCCGAAUCCCAGAGAAGCUGUCCGGCAACGUGACAGACAUACCGAGACAAUGCCUUUCUCAGGAGGAUAUUGGCAUUACCGAAUCAUCCGCUCAGUUUUUAAUCACCUCUCUCGCUGAGGGAGUCCUCACGGCGACCCAGGUCACCAAGGCUUUCCUUCGUCGUGCAGUCAUUGCACAGAAACUGGUCAACUGUGUCCAUGAACUCUUGCCGGAGCGAGCACUCGCACGCGCAAAGGAGCUAGAUGAGUACUUCGCAGAGCACAAGAAGCCGAUUGGGCCCCUCCAUGGCCUUCCUAUCAGUGUCAAGGCUCAUAUGGGCGUCAAGGGGUGCGAUACCAGUUCUGGAUUCGUGGCCUGGGCAGGACGGCCAUCGCCCGAUGAUGCCGAGCUUCUCAAGAUCCUGAUUGCUGCUGGAGCAGUGGAAUACGUGAGAACAACAGAACCACAGGCACUGUUGAUGUUGGAAACAAAAAGCAAUGUCACCGGAGAGACCCUGAAUCCCCACAACAUCGCUCUUACCCCUGGUGGUUCGUCCGGUGGUGAAUCGGCACUUCAGGCACUAUAUGGCAGCCCGCUUGGGAUUGGCACAGACAUGGGUGGCAGUAUCCGCUCACCAGCUUCAAACUGCGGCAUAUACGGGUUCAAACCCACAACGCACCGAAUUCCUCUUACAGGGUGGACUGCCUAUAACAUUGGCGUUGAGACGAUCUGGGGAGCAGCCGGUCCGCUAUGCCCAACAUUCGAAGGCAUCGGCCUAUUGAUGAAAGUCAUCCUUGAUGCUGAGCCUUGGCGCAAAAGUCCAAGCCUGCACCAGGUCGGCUGGCGAGAACAUCCCCAAUGUAUCAAUCCGAAAGGAGAAAAGAAGUUCAGGGUCGGCGUUAUGUGGGAUGACGGCAUUGUAAAGCCGCUCCCACCGGUAACUAGAGCCUUGCAGGAAGUUGUGGCGAAGCUCAAGUUAGUCCCCGGUGUUGAAAUCGUUGAAUGGAAACCAUACCGCCACGACGAGGCGAUGGAUAUCCUCGCUGGCCUCUAUUCCCCAGACGGCGGGAAAUCAUAUGAGGCACUACUACAGGAAGGUGGAGAGUCUGCCCUCCAACUCGCAAACUGGGUCGCUAAGGAAGGCCCUGCUGUUAAAGCCCACGAUCUACCUGCUCUAUGGAACCUGAUGAAGAGACGCGAGGCAUACCGAUUCGACUAUCUGACCGAAUGGAACAAACUAGAGCCUGACAUGGACAUUAUUCUGUGCCCUGCACACCCUAACGUGGCUCCCGUCCUCUCCACCUCCCGCUACUGGGGCUAUACAUCUAUCUGGAAUAUCCUCGAUUACCCAGCUAUUGUAUUCCCAGUUACCAGGAUCAAUCCUCGGCUUGAUACCAAAGAAACUGGAUACACGCCUAGAAACGAUGACGACGCUUUGUAUCAGGACAACUAUGACCCUGUGGUCCAAGCCUCGGCUCCGGUCUGUCUUCAGUUAGUUGGCAAGAAGAUGCAGGAUGAGAUGGUUGUGCAGGCAAUGAAGGAGAUCAAGGACGCAAUCAGCUUGCCCUUUGUUAACUGUCUAAAUGGAUGA